UUUUCUGGUCGCCGACGACGGAAUCUUACAUUUUUGCUGCCGGUUUCUGACCCACACAACCCCUAAUUCACUGAUUUUCUAUAACAACCCUAAUCUUCACCCUUUUUAUAGUCUCCGUUAUCUUAAAAAUAAAAAAAAUAAACUUUUUUGUGUGUUGCAGUUUAACUCUAUAGGUGUACCAAACCGGUCUUGUUGAUUUGCUCGAGAUCUGAAGAGAAUUGACGAUCUACGAAGCUCUUGACGAUCUGGAUUUUCUUCAUUUCUCUCUGUGAUUCCGAUCUCGUUCAGCUUCAACAAUUAAGACUUUUGGACCUGUCAUGGAUUUUGUUUCACAAAUUUGGCUUUGAAGUUCUGAAAUUCUACAUGGAACCACAUAAAGAGGACGCUCUUCGAGCUAAAGAAAAUGCUGAGAAGCUUUUUGCUGAGAAAGACUUCAUAGGCGCAAGGAGUUUUGCUUUAAAGGCUCAAAUGUUGUACCCAGAACUUGAGGGUAUAACUCAGUUGGUGGCUACAUUUGAAGUAUAUAUUGCUUCUGCGGUUAAAGUUAAUGGAGAAAUCGAUUUUUACUCGAUUCUUGGAUUGGAACCAUCUGCGACCAAGGCUACAUUGAAGAAACAGUACAGGAAGAUGGCUGUCCUGCUCCACCCUGAUAAGAACAAAAGUGUUGGAGCUGAUGGAGCAUUCAAGCUUGUAUCUGAAGCAUGGACACUUUUGUCUGACAGUAACAAAAGAAGCUCGUAUGAUCUCAAGAGAAACAAGCAAUUUUCAACUGGGGUUGUGCAGACGAACUUGUCUUCAGUUCAUACUGGCGGGGUUACAGGUUUCAACAACUGUUCCAAGUCUUCACUGUCUCAUACUAGACUUGAUACUUUCUGGACCGUGUGCACCUCCUGUCAAGUUCAGUAUGAGUACCUUCGCAAGUACUUGAAUAAGAGACUUUCAUGUAAGAACUGCCGUGGUAUUUUCAUUGCGGUGGAAACUGGAGCAGCCCCUGUGAAUGGUUCAUUCCCUUAUUGUCCUUGGUCAUAUGUGUCUGAUAAUGGUUGUGGAAGUCAUGCAGUUAAUGGGCCUACAUAUGUCCCAACCACUAGUAUAUAUUUUGCAGGGAACGGGGUCUCGGGACUGCAUUCUGGACAUGGGCCUGAGUAUGUUCCUAAUGUGUCAUUUCAGUGGAGCUCGUUCCAUGGAGCUUCUGCUGGAGUUGUGGAUACGAAUGGAUUAAAUACCAAACCCACCUAUGGCAUCCAUCAGGUCAAUGGAAACACCAACAAAACGAGAUCCAAUGGAAAAAAUCAAAUGAAAAAUUCUGUGGUUGAUAUGAGUUCUAAUGUAGUAACUGGCUAUAAUGAACCCUCGACCUCCAAGGUCGGUAGACCUGGUAAGAAAAGGAAGGUUGAUUUGGGGGUCACUUCCCGAAAUGGGAAUGAAGCAGUAGUUUUAAAAACUGCUUCAGAAUUGCCAACGGCUAAUGGAAAUGGACAUGUUAAACAUAAUCCUAAGCUUUCAACUCAAAGUGAGCCUCCAGCUAGACGUCACUCAGCAGCCCCAGCAUUUGAUGCUAGAAAGUUGUUGAUUGAGAAGGCAAGAACAGAAAUCCGUAAGAAGUUGGAAGAAAUCAGACUGGCUUCAGCUGCAGCACCAGAGGCAGUGGCAGUGGCAGUGGAAGUGACUGAGAAGAAAGAAAAAUUGCAUAUUGAAGUCUGUAAAUCUGGCAAUGCACCUAUAGGGACAGGCUUGGGCAGUUCUGGACAUCAACCAGAGCUGAAGAAAGCUGGGUCAAUGUCGAUAACAGUCCCUGACUCCGACUUCCAUGAUUUUGACAAGGAUAGAGCAGAAGAGUGCUUCAAGCCAAAGCAAAUAUGGGCUCUAUAUGAUGAAGAGGAUGGCAUGCCUCGCAUAUACUGUCUGAUCCGCGAGGUCAUCUCUAUUAAACCAUUUAAAAUUCACAUCAGUUAUUUGAACUCCAAAACAGAUGGUGAAUUUGGAUCAGUGAACUGGGUGGAUUCUGGGUUUACAAAAUCUUGUGGAAGUUUCAGGGCAUGGAAUUCGGACAUUGUUGACCAAGUCAACAUAUUUUCUCAUCUUCUGACCAAGGAGAAGGCUGGCAGGGGUGGUUGUGUGAGGAUCUAUCCAAAAAGUGGAGACAUAUGGGCAGUAUAUCGAAAUUGGUCACCAGAUUGGAACAGAUCAACCCCAUAUGAAGUGAGGCACCGGUAUGAGAUGGUGGAAGUUCUUGAUAAUUACUCUGAAGAGCUUGGAGUAUGUGUCACUCCCCUGGUUAAAGUACAUGGAUUCAAGACAGUAUAUCAGAGGAACACAAACAAGGAUGCCAUCCGAUGGAUCCCAAGGAGAGAGAUGGUGCGGUUUUCGCACCAGGUGCCAUCUUUGUUACUCAAAGGAGAAUCCUUUAACCUGCCGGACGGGUGCUGGGAUCUCGACCCUGCUGCGACUCCAGAGGAGCUUCUUCAAGCUAUUACUGAAGUGAAGGCCGAAGAAAAACCUAGACAAUCAAACUAGAAUUUGGAAGGUCCUUUGUCAUAGUUCUGACUGUAUUGGGAUUAAAAAUGUACAGAUUUAAAUACGUAGAGGGCCAAUUCUCAGAAAAUUAGAUUGCUGGGAGGAUCACAAUCUGAUCCACGGCUUUGAACUGAGAUUAUUUUUAGAGGGUUCCCACUUUUCAUUGAGCAACUUGUACUUUUGAAUUCCAGAUAGUUUUUAACUGCUAGACUCCAGAAAUGCAUCUCUGGUUCAGAAUAGAACUUUUUAUAGAACUGUAAGACUGCUCUGUUUGUUCGUGCUAUUGGCAGUUGCAUAAUUUGGGACAGGAUGAUAGAUUCAUCUCUA